CUCACAUGAGGGCUAAAGCUGUGGGGGUCUUGCACUCGGCUAUGCAGUAGUAGAGAGGAUUUAGCAUCUAUGCAAGGAGCGGCUCGUUAGACAUUUUAGUUCACCGAUAUUUCCCCUCCAAACAUGACCCUUUUAUCUGAGGACCAGUCCACCAGGCCCCAGCCUUGCCGGGUCCUGGAGCCCUCCAAACAUGCGGGUUCUUUGUACCAGGACGCAAAGGAUUUGACCGGCUCCAAAGACUACUACAUGGACAGCGCAGAGGGCACUGUCUUCGGGGCGGUGGAGCCCCCCAAGCGCUCACUGGGCCGCCUGAUCCUCCACGGUCUGGUCAUGUUCGGAAGGGAAUUCUGCUACGCGGUGGAGGCGGCGUUCGUCACGCCCGUGCUGCUCAGCGUGGGCCUGCCCCGCAGCAUGUACAGCUUGGUUUGGCUGAUUAGCCCCAUCCUGGGCUUGCUGCUGCAGCCCGUCAUCGGCUCGGCCAGCGACCACUGCCGCUCGCCGUGGGGGCGGCGGAGGCCCUACAUCCUGACACUGGGCCUCCUCAUGGUGGUGGGCCUCACCCUGUUCCUCAACGGAGAUCUGGUCAUCUCAGCUCUGAUCGCCGACAGGUCGGCGCGGCGGACGUUGUCCAUCGUGGUGGUGAUGCUCGGCGUGGUGCUGUUUGACUUUUCUGCCGACUUCAUCGACGGGCCCAUCAAGGCCUACCUGUUUGAUGUGUGCGCCUACCAGGACAAGGAGCGAGGCCUCCACUGCCAUGCUCUGCUCACUGGUCUGGGUGGAGCGUUCGGCUACUUGGUAGGCGCGAUGGACUGGGGUCACUCCAUCCUGGGCCAGCUGCUGGGCUCCGAGUACCAGGUCAUCUAUUUCUUCUCGGCGCUCACCUGGAGCGUCUUCCUCACCGUGCACCUCUUCAGCAUUCCCGAGCAGCCCCUGGACAAGGUGGCGGCCCGGGGACCUUCGGCCUUCAGCACCCUGAGGCAGCUGGGAUCCCAGCGGAACGGCUACGGAACCCUUGGCAAAGAAGCCGAGAACCCUCCACUGCUGCCGGCCCCGGACAGCAGGCCGAGGUCCUUCUCUGCUCAUGGGGAGGGCAACGCCAUCACCUGCAGUUCCAAACCGCCCAAUAAGGAGGCCUGUGAGAGGAUGACACUGAAGUCGCUGCUGAAAGCCAUCAUCAGCAUGCCCGGCCACUACCGCUGCCUAUGCAUCAGUCACCUGCUGGGAUGGACGGCGUUCCUCUGCAACAUGCUCUUCUUCACCGACUUCAUGGGACAGAUCGUCUACAAAGGGAACCCGUAUGCCGAGCACAACUCCACGGCCUAUGUCACGUAUGAGCGUGGCGUGGAAAUUGGCUGCUGGGGCUUGUGCAUCAAUGCAGUGUCCUCAGCUUUUUUCUCCUACCUGCAGCGCUUCCUGCUGCCCUACGUAGGCCUGAAGGGUUUAUACUUCGUAGGCUACUUCAUGUUCGGCCUUGCCACCAGCCUCAUCAGCCUUUUCCCGAAUGUCAUCGCCACACUCGUCCUGUGUAGCGUCUUUGGCAUCAUGUCCAGCACGCUCUACACCAUCCCCUUCAACCUCAUUGCAGAGUACCAGCGCGAGGAGGAGGAGGAAAUGAAUCGCCGUGGCGGCGGAGAGGCGGCGCGGGGCACGGGUGUGGACUGUGCAGCCCUCACCUGCAUGGUGCAGCUGGCCCAGAUCUUGGUGGGCGCUGGCCUGGGCGCCCUGGUCAACGCGGUGGACAGCGUGGUGGUAGUGGUCCUCUCUGCCUCCACCGUGUCCCUGCUGGGUUGCAUCUUCAUUGCACUCUUCAUCAGAUGCGUGGAAUGAGUGACCGCCCCUCAUCCAGCCCAUCGCACUAUUUGUAAUAUUUGAAUAA